GAGUUCAUAACGCAACGCAACAAACUCACAGAGAUGCAGUGCUUAACUUUCUAAACAACGGAUUUUACACAUCACGAAGUUUGCCUCUCAUACAAGCCAAAGCUCAACCUUACGGAUAUCAGAAUAAUCAUGCCACGUUCGUUUUUGGUGAAAAGCAAAAAGUGUUCAUCAUACAAUGUGCACCGACCCUUUGACACGGAGCAAAGUGAACAGAAAAAACUUCCAGAAUCAGCACCCAAGACAAUCCCCGCAUUAGUCCCGUCAGAACCAAAGGAGCGUAAAUCCCCAGAGCAGCCCAAGCCAGACACCGCCUCCCGGCCAUCCCACAAAGACCCGUAUGACUUCAUCAAGUGUGAGCGAGAACUCGACUGCCCGAUACCAUCUCACCCUGAGGUCACAAUCAGUCGCCCUUAUUUUAUAUCUGAACCUCAACUGGCAGAAUUCCCUCCCUACUACAAGAGUUCUUACGCCUGGGAUCACGUUCCCUCCCCAUAUGACUUCAGACAGAUGAGCUUCCCUCCGUCGCUUCUCCAGCACGCCAGCAGUCUGUAUGGAGCUCACCUGAAGCAGAGCUCUGAGCUUCCACAGCCGCUGGAUUGCAGCACACACUACUCACCAACAUCAAACACAUACCACUGCAUUACAUGUGAUAAGGUGUUCUCCACCCCUCAUGGUCUAGAGGUUCACGUCAGACGUUCUCACAGUGGCACGCGUCCCUUCGGCUGUAGCAUCUGCAGGAAGAGCUUUGGCCAUGCUGUUAGCUUAGAGCAACACAUGAACGUCCACUCACAGGAAAGAAGUUUCGAGUGCAAGAUGUGCGGGAAGACUUUCAAACGCUCCUCAACGCUGUCCACUCACCUGCUGAUCCACUCGGACACGCGACCGUACCCCUGCCAGUACUGCGGCAAGAGAUUUCACCAGAAAUCUGAUAUGAAGAAACACACCUACAUUCACACAGGUGAGAAGCCUCACAAAUGCCAGGUGUGCGGUAAGGCCUUCAGUCAGAGCUCCAACCUUAUCACUCACAGUCGCAAACACACCGGAUUCAAGCCGUUCGGCUGCGACAUCUGCUCCAAGGGCUUCCAGAGGAAGGUAGAUCUUCGCCGGCAUCACGAAAGCCAGCACAGCCUGAAAUGAUGGUGUGAUGGACAACAGGAAGAAAAUGAAGACCGGCUGUCCAAGGCGUGGAAAAAGACAAGUGAAGAACGUGAAAUUAUACGUUUAAUUAAAGACUCAUGUUAAGAGCCACAGAGCCACCAUACAAUACAUAACAAAUUGUUCGGAAAUUCAUGAAAACAUUAAGAUUGAAUAUGGACAAUUGAGGGUGCACUCAAUGAAUUUUGUUGUCAUAGAAAUGCACUUUUGUUAAAAGUGUAAGAACAGGGGUUACUGAGAGAAAGUGAGAAGUAGGCUACACGGGUGAGCAUGCUGUCAACAAAUCAGAAAAACUUUAUAUCCCAAUAAAGAGUUUAAUGUGAGAAAUAUCCUGACCAGCCUGAUCUCUAGGAAAUUCAUAACUAUUUUACACGGUCAUAUUCAUAUUAGGUGUAGGCCUAUUUAGGUAAAAACAAUUGUUGUAGUGCUGUCAAAUGAUUAAUCGCGAUUAAUCGCAUCCAGAAGAAAAGUUUGUGUUUACAUAAUAUACUGUUUGUCUGUGUACUGUGCAUAAUAAUUUUGUAUUUAGAAAUGCAUACACGUAUUAGGAAAUAUUAACAUAUAUUUAUUUAUAUUUACCUAUAAUUAAAUUGUAUCUAAAUGUUUAUCAUUUUUUACUUCAUAUUUUUCUACAAUAUAUACAUGUAUGUAAAUGCGUUUAUAAAUACAAAAUUAUUAUGCACAGUACACAGACAUAUAUUAUGUAAACACAAACUUUUAUUCUGGAUGUGAUUAAUCGCGAUUAAUCGUUUGACAGCCCUAUUAAAAAGCAGUGACGAUGAUGCCACCUUGUAAUGUAAAACCACGAGAUUGUGUUGUGUAGAUUAUCAAAUUUAUUUGUCACUACCAAUAGCAAAUUUCUGUGCUGUAUAUUUUAAUGCCUGUAAAAUCAGAUACAUUUUAUAAUAACGCGUUUAAUUGAAGUGAAAAGAUUGUACAGUAUCUUAAUUCUUGUACUAUUUAUAGAAACUCAUCUUAAGGUUGCCAAAUAAAUACUACUGUGGU